UCUAGGGUUUGGGCGAUGGAGGGAUUAGGGCUCGGGGAUCGUGUCUCGCGCGAUCCAGAUCGGCCGCGCUGAUGCCGCUGGAGGCGCGCUAAAUGGAGCAGCGGCGCGGAUCCGUGAUCGAUAUGGCGCGCUCCGUCUCGGCGUCGUGGACGGGAAUGCCGCCCCUGUUUCUGCUGCGAUCGGAGGAUAUGUCGCUCGUCCGGAUGGUGAUUCCAGUAGAAUCGGCGCACGACACUGUUGCCUACCUCGGGCAGCUCGGCAUGCUCCAAUUUCGCGAUUUAAAUCCUGGAAAAAGUCCCACUCAACGGAUCUACGCAAACCAGGUAAAACGAUGCGGUGAAAUGGGUCGGCAGCUCAGAUAUUUCAAGAGUCAAAUAGAGAGCGCAGGCAUUCUAAUAGCGGCAAGGUCAACGAUUGAGAAGGACGUCGAUCUGGAUGAAUUGGAGGUGAAACUUUCAGAGUAUGAAACUGAGCUCAAGGAAAUAGCAUCAAACAGCGCGAGGCUAUUUCGGAGUCAUGCGGAGCUGACAGAGUUUCAACUGGUUUUGUUGAAGGCUGGUAGAUUUUUUACCUCCGGACGUGCAGAGGCAGCAUUUGCACAACGGGAGUACGACGAUUUCGAGGGGUCUAUGGAUAGUCCCCUCCUCCUUAUAGAGCAAGAGAUGCAAACCGAUCCGACGAAAGGGCAGCUUGGAUACGUAACUGGAUUGAUACCCAAACUUAAGACUAUACAGUUCGAACGCAUUUUGUUCCGAGCAACCAGAGGCAACAUGGUCUUCAAGUCGUCAGUCGUCGAAAGGCCUGUGACCGAUCCUGCAACCGGUGAGAAGGUUGAAAAGUCUGUGUUCGUCGUGUUCUUUUCUGGAGAAAGAACACAGGCUAAGAUCGUUAAAAUCUGCGAUGCAUUUGGUGCUAGCCGCUAUCCUUAUCCCGAGGAGCCUAGUUUACAGAGACAAAUGAGAUCGGAGGUCGCAGGAAGAUUGUCUGAGCUGAAGUCCACAUUGGAUGCGGGUACCAGUCAUCGCGAUACAGUUUUAGCAGGGAUUAGCUACCAACUAGACUUUUGGAUUUUGAUGGUUCAAAGAGAGAAGGCUGUGUAUCAUAUCAUGAAUAAGUUUAACAUGGACGUUACUAGAAAGUGUUUAGUAGCUGAAGCAUGGUGUCCAACCGAGAAUAAAACUCAGGUUCAAGAAGCAUUAAUGCGCGCAACAGUCGACAGCAACUCACAAGUCGGCACCAUUUUUCAGGAGAUUAGAACAAAGGAUUUACCGCCAACAUUCUUCAAGACUAACAAAAUUACAGGGGCUUUCCAAGGAAUCGUCGAUGCUUAUGGGGUGGCGAGAUACAAGGAAGCAAAUCCUGCUGUGUAUACAAUAGUUACUUUUCCGUUUCUUUUCGCUGUGAUGUUUGGGGAUUGGGGGCACGGGAUUGUUCUUCUCUUGGCAACGCUUUACCUCAUUCUGAAUGAAGGGAAACUUGGCAGCCAGAAAUUGGGCGACAUAAUGGGAAUGGCGUUUGGAGGCAGAUAUGUGAUCUUGCUGAUGUCGAUCUUCUCGAUAUAUACGGGGUUUAUCUACAACGAGUUUUUCUCGGUGCCGUUUCGAAUAUUUGGAGAGUCUGCGUACGUUUGCAGGGAUCCUUCGUGCAAGGACUCACGUACAGCGGGUUUGAUAAAACGACCUGGCUAUACAUAUCCGUUUGGAUUCGAUCCCGUAUGGCAUGGCUCUAGAUCGGAACUACCAUUUUUGAACUCCGUGAAGAUGAAGAUGUCCAUUCUUCUCGGUGUUGUGCAUAUGAACUUGGGUCUGGCUUUGAGCUAUUACAACGCCAGCUACUUUAACGAGCCACUUGAUAUCUGGUAUCAGUUUGUUCCGCAGAUCCUGUUCCUUGGCUCCUUAUUUGGAUACCUGUCGCUGCUUAUUAUAAUCAAGUGGUGCUCUGGUUCCCAAGCGGACUUGUACCACGUGAUGAUUUAUAUGUUCUUAAGCCCAACGGAUGAUCUUGGGCCAAACCAGCUUUUUUCUGGACAAACGGAGGUUCAGUGCUUUCUGCUAUUAAUUGCUGUCGUGGCGGUUCCAACAAUGCUUUUGCCGAAGCCAUUGGCUUUGAAAAAACGACAUGAAGAGAGAACGCACGGGCGUUCUUAUGGCAUAUUGAAUGCUGGCUCGGAUGGUGAAUCCGUUGACAACGAGCACGACCACCACCACGGCGAGGAAGAAUUCGACUUUGGUGAGACCUUCGUCCACCAAAUGAUAGAAACCAUUGAGUUCGUGCUAGGUGCUGUGUCGAACACAGCUUCCUAUCUCCGGCUGUGGGCUCUCAGCCUCGCUCAUGCCCAACUCUCGGCCGUGUUUUACGAUAAAGUCUUGAUCCUGGCAUGGAGUUACCACAACACCAUGAUUCUCAUCAUCGGUGGCUUCGUCUUCAUCUGUGCAACCGUGGGGGUGUUGCUAAUCAUGGAGACGCUCAGCGCAUUCCUCCAUGCGCUUCGUCUUCACUGGGUAGAGUUCCAAGGCAAGUUUUACGGGGGCGAUGGCUACCAGUUUGAGCCAUUUUCAUUUGCAACACUCGAAGAAGACGAUCAAGGUUGAAAUCAAACAUAUCAAACGUUUUUGUAGCUACAUUGUUAGAUAUAGAUGGCUAUAUACAUUGUGUAAAUGCGAACUCUUUCUUCUAAGACUGGUUGAGGAACA